GGUGGGCGGGCCGGAGAGGGCUCGGCCUCACUCCGCGCCUUGCUGAAUCCCAGCUGGAGCUGCCGUGCGGGAAGUGAUGCCCAGGUUGGGCUCUCAGGCCCCGCGGUACGCGGGUAGGCCCGCAAUGCACACGCGCAGACCGAGCACCCACGUCAAUAAACGAGCGGAGAGGACGCUCCCCACGUCCUGCGCGCCCAGCUGCCAGCAUUCGUCUCUGCCGCCACUCCGCGCUCCGCGCCCGCGUCUGAAGAGCGAUGCCCCGGGAGAUCAUCACCCUGCAGCUGGGCCAGUGCGGCAACCAGAUUGGGUUCGAGUUCUGGAAACAACUAUGCGCCGAGCACGGUAUCAGCCCCGAGGGCAUCGUGGAGGAGUUCGCCACCGAGGGCACUGACCGCAAGGACGUCUUUUUCUACCAGGCAGACGAUGAGCACUACAUCCCCAGGGCGGUGCUGCUGGACCUGGAGCCCAGGGUGAUCCAUUCCAUUCUCAACUCCCCCUAUGCCAAGCUGUAUAACCCAGAGAACAUCUAUCUGUCAGAGCACGGAGGAGGAGCUGGCAACAACUGGGCCAGCGGAUUCUCCCAGGGUGAGAAAAUCCAUGAAGACAUUUUUGACAUCAUAGACCGAGAAGCAGAUGGCAGUGAUAGCCUAGAGGGCUUCGUGCUGUGUCAUUCUAUCGCUGGGGGUACAGGUUCUGGCCUGGGCUCCUACCUUCUGGAACGACUGAAUGACAGGUAUCCCAAGAAGCUAGUGCAGACAUACUCAGUGUUUCCCAACCAAGAUGAGAUGAGCGAUGUGGUGGUGCAGCCCUACAACUCACUGCUCACGCUCAAGAGGCUGACCCAGAACGCAGACUGUGUGGUGGUGCUGGACAACACAGCCCUGAACCGGAUUGCCACAGACCGCCUGCACAUCCAGAACCCGUCCUUCUCCCAGAUCAACCAGCUGGUGUCCACCAUCAUGUCCGCCAGCACCACCACGCUGCGCUACCCCGGCUACAUGAACAACGACCUCAUUGGCCUCAUCGCCUCGCUCAUUCCCACACCACGGCUCCACUUCCUCAUGACCGGCUACACCCCCCUCACCACAGACCAGUCGGUGGCCAGCGUGAGGAAGACCACGGUCCUGGAUGUCAUGAGGCGGCUGCUGCAGCCCAAGAACGUGAUGGUGUCCACAGGCCGGGAUCGCCAGACCAACCACUGCUACAUCGCCAUCCUCAACAUCAUCCAGGGGGAGGUGGACCCCACCCAGGUCCACAAGAGCCUGCAAAGGAUCCGGGAACGGAAGCUGGCCAACUUCAUCCCCUGGGGCCCAGCCAGCAUCCAGGUGGCACUGUCGAGGAAGUCUCCCUACCUGCCCUCAGCCCACCGGGUCAGCGGGCUCAUGAUGGCCAAUCACACCAGCAUCUCCUCGUUCCCAUUCUGGAGAUUUCUCUCUUUUAGCUUUUUGAAAGUUCCUGCCAGCAGUAUGACAAGUUGCGGAAGCGGGAGGCCUUUCUGGAGCAGUUCCGCAAGGAGGACAUUUUCAAGGAGAACUUUGAUGAGCUGGACAGGUCCAGGGAGGUUGUGCAGGAGCUCAUUGAUGAGUACCACGCAGCCACGCGGCCGGACUACAUCUCCUGGGGCACCCAGGGGCAGUGACUUCCUCCCCACCACUUCCCCUGGGAAGUUAGCACAGCUCCCAUCAUGCCUGGGCCCUCUGACCAAAAUUGCCCUUUCCAACCUUUCUAGGUUCAUCUCCAGCCCAGGAGCUGUCCCUACUUCUUCCCUUCCCUGCCCCUUGAAAUGCUUAUUUAGCUCUAAUAACGCAAUAAAGCUUGGUUGUGAAUAUAGUCAGGGCUUGGUCUGUGAAUUGGACUGUGUUCCUCCUCAGUUCCCAGGCAUUAUUGGCAGGGUAGGCUUUACCUGCUCUAGCUUCUUACAGCUUAGUUUAGGUCUUAUCAUACCCACUGUUACCACUGGCAUCUUUUACCUAGAACUAGGCUGUUUACUGGAGUCAGUCCUAUUCUCAAGACUAGAGAGGGUUGCUGAGGUCUGCUGUUUCCUCACUGAUGAAGCUCCUGCCCCAGGAAGGGAGGAUCAGUACUGCCCCAAACUCCUCCAUUCAUGGCAGAGGCUGUUGGAGCUACUGAAGGGGGGCCUGCAGCAUUCUGAGCAGGUCAGGAGAGCCGGGACUCUGGAUUCCCAGUGCCCAAGGUCAUUCAUUAGAUGCUCAGGAACACAAACCAAUUCAACCCAACCUUAUAAAGCAGGAACCAAACACAGGAGUAGGGCUGAGCCCAUCCUGAAAAGUUCUUUAUCUGAGCCAGAGAAGUUCUUGGGUUUGGUCCUGCCCCAAGCUUCUCUCCAUUCUAGUCCCAAAGCAGGUACACCAAAGAUGGAUCCAGUCAGAGCCCAGAAGCUGAACACCAGGGUAGGAACUGGGUAUUGCCAGUCCUGAUAAUUCACUGCCCUCUGGCCUCAGGGAGGCCACCCCUAUGCCACUCAGCAGGGAAGAGAGGG